CCAUCGAUCCAUAUCGUCCACUUGGCUUCAGCUAAUAAUAAAAGCUAGUCGAGACCUGCAGGAGUCGAGGAUGAUUGCAGAGACGACACUUGCCUCUGCUGGAUGAUGACACUCCUGAACGCUGACGACGAUCAUCUUGAGAACCCUACAUCAUCAACAGCGGAUGCCACACCUAGACCUGGAAUUCUUCGUCAACGGCUCAUCCAGUCCGCUUCAGCAUGAUGAACUCGUCCGGGCACAAUCAUUCCUCAUCGACUCGUCUUCCCGUCGUCACAGCCAAAGGACACGCUCGGCAUUCCUCCUACAACCAUACCCAUCUUAGAUCCUCACCAACUUAUCGCCCUGCUCCACCACCUCCGACAGAUGUCACACCGACAAGAAGGCCACCUCCCCCCACUUCCUUUAGUCAGAACAAUGUCCCAUCAUACCCGAACGUUUCUCCUAGUGCAGCUGGUCCUUCCCGCCCUAUGAACGCCCGCGUGUCCUCUGCUCCUACCAGAGCUUUACCUGAUCCUCCAGCGCCCUUCCCUAACCCAUUCUCGACUCCAUCACCAUCUUCCAAAUCGGCGAUGCAGAAACUUCGGCCUUGGAGUAUGGCGGCGGAUAGAACGACCUCGGGGAAUUCGCGUUGGAGUGAUCGGUCCAGCGGCUCAACAUCCGAUCAAGACAGGAACAGGGCAAGCGGUUCGCCUUCGCCUGCUGAAUACUCUAAUGGCGAUUCAUCCGAUGCUCAAGAUCUUACUGUCAAACUCGGCAAAGGAUUUGCUCAGCUCGACAUGCUGGAUACGGAUAAUCCACGGUCCGACAAGGGAUGGCCUUGGACCAAGCCCAAGCGCGGCAACAAUGAUAGCGGUGUCACGGACGGUCUCCGCCCAAGAUCACAUCACUGGGGUAACGACUAUGGAGACGUGGAUACAGACGACGACACUCAGCCAGAUGCGUAUAGCUGGAUUGACCCAAGUCUAGUCGGAAGAGAAAAGCUGCGAGUCACGGUGAGCUCGGUGAUGCGAAAUCAUUCCACGUCCUUUGCUGAUUCAUCUCAGCCCACUCGAAAGUCGACGAGGUCGACGCAGUCAGCGCCAAGCAGUCCAGCUACGACCGUCUCUCGUACCAUCAUCGACGCCUCGCGGGAACCUUUGCCGGAUCCAUCUACCCCAAAGACCAAGGGUACGCACAUCGACCCAACUGCAUCUUACAAUCUCCUUCUGGCCUUUCAAUCUUCGACCUCUUCCUCAGGCCACGACACGUCCGUGAUUUCCCCCAAGUUGUUUCCUCUCGCCUCUCCCUCAGCAUCAAGCGAUCACAUACAACUGAUCAAGGCUGAUCCAGAAUGGCACGAGCUCGUAGGAUCAUCAUUCUUCGAAAGCUUGGGCAGCGCAGAGGUCAGGCGACAAGGGCUAUGGUGGGAACUAGUCAAGGGAGAAGUGGAGUACGUCAGAGAUCUCAGGACAGUCUGCGAUGUGAGUCAUGUUGCAAUACUAACUCGCUAUGCUGAUCUGUCGUCACAGUCAUUCAUCAAACCCUUGAGAGACCGCGCUCAACCACUCAUCAAGCCGGAAUCGCGCCUGCAAUUUUUCAUUGAUGAAGUCUUUAGCUGUGCACCAGCUCUCAGAGAAGCUCAUGAAAGAUUGCUUUUGAAACUGCUCGAGCGACAGAGGUAUGAAUGGCCUCUGCUCACAUCUGGGACCGAUCUUUUACUUCAACACUUUCUCGAGCAUGUCAGUUUGUACGAACAAUACAUGAAGAACUAUCCGUUCGCCGAGGCGAGAGUGCGACGAGAGAAGGCCAAGAAUCCCGGAUUCAGGAACUUUCUCGAGGUUCGCAACACAACACAACUUACUCGGAAGCGCGAUCUGUCGGUCUUUCUAUCUCGACCGAUCACAAGAUUGCCUCGAUUGCUCCUUCUCCUCGAGGCGCUGCUGAGGAUCACGCCUGAGGAUCAUCCAGAUCACGAGGAGAUACCGACUGUCUCUGCAAUAUUGACGGGAGCCCUGAAAGCCAGCCAGCCUGGCAUCGAAAGUGCCGAGGCUAAGAUCAGGCUUUGGAAUGUUGCCGAGCGGAUGAUGUUCAGAAAAGGAGAGAUUGUGGAACUGGACAUCGGUGAUCCGAAGCGGACUUUAGUGUACGCCGGUCACGUCUUCCGUCGUGUCAGAACAGAGACAAAUUGGCAUGGAUGGCAAGAUCUCCAUGCUUUCCUCCUUGACAAUUACUUCAUACUCACUCGAGAUGAAGAGGGCGGCAAAUACGUCGUCGUAUCUAGGCCUAUUCAUCUGGAUUUUCUGACUCUGGAAACCGCGGACGGUGUCCCAGAACGUCGAUACGAUUAUCUGAACACUGUCAGGCGACACGCUCGAUCUGCAAGUAAUCAAGCAGUGGAGCGAUCUGAGAGGUUGAUGUAUCCGUUUACCGUCUCGUCUGAAGCUAGACCGAGCAAUCAUAGCUACACUCUGUGUACCGCGACUGCGAAUGCUCGCGCUCAGUGGAAGGAGAAGAUCGAGAACGCGAAGGCUUUAAGAGCUUUCGACGCAGAAAGCAAUCGUCUAUUCGCGAUUCACAGCAUCUUCAUACCUCCAGAGAUCGCAGAUCCGAUCCUCGCGGCGGACACUUUCAAGUGGUUGGGGCGCGAAACCAUCUGCGUCGCAACGAUGCGAAGUCUGUGGUUCGGUUGGCGCAGGGACUCACGAUCAUACCGAGAAUUAAUCCGCUUUUCAUCGGGUUUCAUCACGUCGGUCUCGGUGGUCCCGGAAUUCGGAUGGCUCCUCGUCCUUAUAUCUGGUUCCCUUAUCGCAUAUAGCUUGAAUGAGCUGGUUCCAACUCAUGAACCAUUAACUUGGCAGACCAAGAGUCGUGGCGGCGGGUACGAUCUCAGUGCGCAUGAGCAGCCAACAGCUUUUGUGCGUGUUGGUGUCACUAAAGGUCGGACAAUGGUGGUUCACGUAGCGUAUGCCAAAAACUCACAUCAGACGCAUAUCUCAUUCGAAGAACCACUGCUCGCCUCCAAUCCCGAUCGAUCAUAUGCCACUACCCCUUUUCGUCGUUUCGCAGCUCUCACGAUCCCAGGCUUUGCGACUGAUCUCUCCUUCUUCAAACAGACAGUAGCAAUCGUCACCGAAAAGGGCUUUGUCAUUGCGGAGGCUGGGAACCCGACAUUCAAUGCUAUCCCAACUUUUCCCCUCGCUGUACAGGGCAACUCUCACCUUAUGAGAGUCUUGGGCAGUGGGAAACCAAUGGCAAUGUAUCAAGUGGCGGAGAAUGAAUUUGCGUUGGUAUACGACUGGGGAGCGUCCUUUGUGACAAAGUAUGGGGAGAUCGCUCGUGACGGCUCUUUCAUUCGGUGGAACGUGACUCCGUCCUACGUCGCCUUCAGACCUCCUUACCUAUUGCUUUUCGAAGAAACAGGAGGCAGGGCCGAAGUGCGAGAAGUCGGGAAUGGGAGAAUGUGCGAAGUCGUGCGGGAGAGAGGGAUGCAGGCUCUCAGAUUGAGUCGGGCAGAUCAAGACAUGCUAGCUAUAUGCCCUAAGGGUCUCUUGGAGAUUGUCGAGACGUUUGCACUUCCUGCUGUUGCGUAAGCUUGCUUGGGAGGAUCCUGGUACAUCUGUUGUAGCGAUACAUCGUACAUUGUAUUUCCAAACUUAGAUAUCUAGUCAUACACGAUCUUUUAGAAAUUUGUGCUGUAACAGCAAACAGUUGACACACUAGCAAGAGCCAGAUGUAUCAUAAUUUCCGGGG